CCUCCACGAAUCGUGCACCAUGGUGAGCGAAUGUCAUGAUUUAGCUUUGUGGUAAGCUGACUGUAAUUGUUCUAGGCCAGACGUUAUGACAGUACGUUGCAUCCACACCGUGAAGCCAUCUAGCUAACGGUAGACGCAAUGCUUCAGGUCGUACCACGAUCUUCUCGCCCGAAGGGCGACUAUAUCAAAUCGAGUAUGCCAUGGAGGCAAUCUCACAUGCGGGUACAGUCCUUGGUGUGCUUGCAAAAGACGGCGUCGUCCUUGCAGCGGAGAAGAAGGUAACAGGGAAGCUGCUGGACAUGAGCGGCUCGAAGGAAGGGGGCUACGGAGGUAGCGGAGAGAAGAUCUUCCUGCUCAACUCGAAUGUUAUCUCGGGUGUCGCGGGUCUCACUGCAGACGCAAACUCACUCGUCAAUUAUUCACGACAAACAGCACAAGGCCACUUGUUCAACUACAACGAUGAUAUCCCGGUUGAGCUUCUCGUGCAAAGACUAUGUGAUCUCAAGCAGGGGUACACCCAAUACGGAGGUCUGCGUCCGUUCGGUGUAUCCAUUCUCUACGCCGGCUACGACCCGCACUACCAGUUCCAGCUCUACCACUCGGACCCAUCAGGGAACUACUCCGGCUGGAAGGCGACGUGCAUCGGCGCCAACAACGGCACCGCGCAGAGCCUGCUCAAGCAGGAGUACAAAGACGACAUCGGCAUCGACGAGGCGGUCGGGCUCGUCCUCCGGACGAUGAGCAAGACCAUGGACAGCACUACGCUGGGAAGCGAGAAGCUGGAGUUUGCUACGCUGACGCUGGACGCGGAUAAGCGGCCCAAGGCGAAGAUAUACAAGCCCGCAGAGAUUGACGCGCUGCUGGUGAAACACGACCUCGCGAAGAAGGACGAGGAUGCGGAAAUGAGGGCUGCAUGAUGGUGAACCGUGAUGCUGGCUCGGACGGACCCUACUGUUGUACACCUUAUUGCAAUUGAGUGCGCUUUCCCAUGCAA